GACAGAGGAGAAUCAUCUGCUUGCCCUUUGCAGCCCAUCCGGCUCCCCUGGAAGGGCAGAGGGAAGGCGCGAUGGAUCCGGCAGGCCCCGGGCACCCAGAAGGGAGAGGAUCCCCCAGAGAUGCCAGCAGCCAACCGAGCAACGGCGGGAGGCAGCCAAAGCCAGAGGGAUGGGAAGAUGCCAAGGCGUUUUAUGACAACCUCUCCCCCAAAAAGAAACCCAAAUCACCAAAGCCACAAAAUGCCAUCACAAUUGCUGUGUCGUCCCGAGCUCUGUUCCGAAUGGAAGAGGAGGAGAAGAUUUACAGUGAGCAGGGCGUGGAAGCCUAUGUGAAGUUCCAGUUGGACCACGAGAACGAGCCCUUCCUGCCUGGAGCUGCCUUCCCUUUUGUCAAGGCGCUGGAAGCUGUCAACACACAGCUGCGGGAACUCUACCCAGACAGCGAGGAGCUCUUUGACAUCGUCCUCAUGACCAACAACCAUGCCCAAGUGGGGGUUCGCUUGAUCAACAGCAUCAACCAUUACAAUCUGUUCGUUGAAAGGUUUUGUAUGACAGGUGGGAACAGCCCUAUUGGCUACCUGAAGGCCUACCACACCAACCUGUACCUGUCCUCUGACUGUGAGAAAGUGAGUGAGGCCAUAGAAGAGGGAAUUGCUGCAGCCACCAUCUUCAGCCCCAACAGGGAUGUGGAAGUCCUGGACAACCAGCUGCGUGUAGCCUUUGAUGGGGACGCAGUGCUUUUUUCAGAUGAGUCUGAGCAGAUUGUGAAGGCUCACGGCCUCGACAAGUUCUUUGAGCAUGAGAAGACGUACGAGAACAAGCCCCUGGCUCAGGGGCCACUGAAGGGCUUCUUGGAAUCUCUUGGGAAGCUUCAGAAGAAGUUCUACUCCAAAGGCCUGCGCCUAGAAUGUCCCAUCCGCACCUACCUCGUCACAGCCCGUAGCGCUGCCAGUUCUGGGGCUCGUGCCCUAAAGACUCUCCGGAGCUGGGGACUCGAAACAGAUGAAGCUCUCUUUCUGGCCGGUGCCCCCAAGGGCCCCAUGCUGGAGAAGAUCCGCCCACAUAUCUUCUUUGAUGAUCAGAUGUUCCACGUGGAGGGAGCGAAGGAGAUGGGCACCAUCGCAGCCCACGUCCCGUAUGGCGUGGCUCAGAAAUCCAGGCGCACAGCACAAGGAAAGCAAACUCAGAACAGCAAGUAGCACCCAGGAGUGGGACUGGGGCUGCACCAGCUUUUGGUACAUGGAGAUCAGUUGGUGGGUGAAAGGGUUAGAGCAUCUUCCAUGAUGACCAGAACCAAAGGUGUUGGGAUGACACGUCCUGCUUGGAUCAGGUGUCCGGGAGAAGCUUUCCUUCUGGUUGUCUACAUUGCACUUUAUGAAAAUGUCCUCCUCCUGCAAGUCAGCUUCAUGCUGCUUAGCCCACCAUACCUGCACCAAGGCCACCCUUAGCCUCCACUUGUGCCAGUAUCCAUUGGUGGACACUGGUUUCAAUCCUGCUGUCCAUUCACGAUGCUUCAUGGUUGAUCAUAGCCUGACCUUUUUGCUCCGGAAUAUCCACGGUUUCUAGUUUUCCUCAUGAACCCCUAUAAGUGGGCUGUAUGCGUU